CACACCACAACUUGGGGAGCCCCGCUGCAACCCGCCGAGCCCCUCCGCAGCGCCUCGCUGGGGGCGUGAGGACAGAGAGCACAGGGAAGGGGCUGCCAAGAGCCGUGCGUCCAUCCUGCGCGGGUGCCUGUCCCCCAGCUCCGGGAGCCCCUCCAGGAUGGAGGAGCGGAGGAAAAAGCGGAGCCCCAGGGCCCAGCCGGCGCCUGUCGGGGCCCCACGGCCGCUGCCCAUCAGCAAGAGCGCGUCCUUCGCGCUGCCGCUGCCCGCCCUGCCCUCGGCCCAGCAGCGCGCCAGGCCCCGGCGGGCGAGCAAGGAGAGAGUGCGGGCAGGUGGCACGGGGGCAGCACGGGGGGCUCCGCUGCAGCACAGCUUCCUCACUGAGGUCUCCGACGUGUGUGAGAUGGAGGGGGGGCUGCUCAGCCUCCUCAGCGACUUCCACUCGGGCAAGCUGCAGGCCUUCGGGAAGGAGUGCUCCUUCGAGCAGCUGGAGCACGUGCGGGAGAUGCAGGAGAAGCUGGCACGGCUGCACUUCGGCCUCGACGUCUGUGUGGAGGAGCUCCCCGAGGAGCAGAAGAAGGCAGUGGCCGACAGGAACCUGGACCAGCUGCUGGUGCAUCUGGAGGAGCUGAGCAGCUCAAUACAGAAGCUGCACCUGGCGGAGGGCCCCGGCCCCGAGGAGGCUGCAGCCUGAUCCAGCACCAUCCCGGCCGCAGGGAGGACGCUGCUGCGAGGAGGAGGCCCCGUGGGACGGGACAGGACAGAGCAGCAGCCACAGCCCUGCACGGGGAGGACCCCCCCCCCCCCCUUCCGUGCCUCCACUGCAGGGCCGACAGCAGCGACACCUCGGGCACCCACCUGGGGAAAAACAGCGGGGACCGGGACCAGGACCGGGCCCUCCCCCUUCCCCCCCCUCCCCAGCCCCGCCGCCAUCUUGUGGGCCCCCAUGGCCGGGCGGGUGACGCCAUCGGCCGGUGCCCGGUGCCCCGGGGUGAUGGCGGCGGUGGCGGCGCCGGGCCCGCAGGCAGAGGCCGAGCAGUGGCGGAGGCUGCUGGGCGCCGUGACCCGCCUGCAGGUGGGGGUCCGAGGGGGGCACGGCGGGAGGGCUGGGCCGGGGCGCGCUGCCAUUAAACUGACUUGGCUCCAG